AUGAACGGGAAAGGCAAGAACGAUUUUUUUUCCACAUGGAAUCCGGAAAGUGAUGUUAUUGGAAGGGUGCUUUCCAAUCGGAUCAAUUAUUUAAAGGAACAAAUCGAGACAUUAGAAAUUGAACAAAUGACUAUGAGUAAUGAAAGUGGUGCUUACCGAAAUCAAAAGGCAAUAGCAUUGGCAAGGAGUGAAAUCGGUUCCCUAAGUGGUAUAUUGGAAGUGUAUCUGUCCGAAAUGGAGGAUAGAAAAAAAGCUUGGAUUGAGCAGAGACAGAAAAAACAGGUGCAGCUUACAGAAAAAGUGGCAAUUUUACUCCAAUACAAGCAAAUUAUCGCUAACACGCAAAUUCCCGAGAUAAAUGCUUCACUUCGAGCUGGGACGAAUGGUGCUAUUGUGUGUUUCAGUCAUUCUGCUUGGUUGAAACAGAAAAAAUUAAACGGACAAGAACUUACACUUUUGAAUUCGCUAAAUGAAAUAAUUAAUCCGACGAUAUAUUCUUACGAGAAGAAAAGAGCUCACUGUAAGAAACUACAAAUUUCCGUGGAACAGGGAAUGAGAAUCGCAAUCGAUUCACCUGUUCGUAUUGUUGGUCAUAACACAGGCAGUGAAAUUAAAUGUUUGCUUGAUCGUGUUGCCAGCUGUAAAUUGUUUUCCAGCAUGCCAUCUUGGCUGCAAAAUGCAAUUUUCAUUCAACAAAUGUCUGCUACUGCUCGAACACGGGCUGCAACAAAUUCUUCGUGUUUCAUUAUUGGUGGCGAUUCGGAUUGUAGUUCUACUAGUGAAAGUAGAGAUGACCAAACUGAAAAAUCCUAA